AUGGCUGAAGACAACUCUAAGACAAAUGGUGAAGGGAAGACCCCAGUCACCGAGUUCAUGACUACUUCGUCCAAACUCACCGACAUCAAGCUUGAUGGGGAUGGUGAGAACUAUGUGGAGUGGAAGUAUUUGGUGGCGGUCAGCCUUGGAGGAAUGGGAAAAGAUGAGCAUUUGACGGGGUCUUGUCCUACAAACGCAACGGCAGCGGCGAAAUGGAAGAUGGAUGAUAAACGCAUUCUGGCGUUAUUGGUGAAUUCUGUUGAUAAGCGGACACAAUCUGUGAUUACUCAUUGUCAAACAGUGAAGGAGUUAUGGGAGUUUCUCCAAUUUAUUUUUGGGAAAGCUGAUAAUUUGAAUCGCAUCUAUGCUCUGUUGCAGUAG